CUGGCAGGUUCAGCUGACGCUGCACUCCACGUGACGCUAGCGCCGAGUGAACAUGGCGUCCAUCGCGCGCCCUUCCUUCUCCCUGGGGAAUGAGACCCUGAAGGUGCCCCUGGCACUCUUCGCCCUGAACAGGCAGCGCCUGUGUGAGAGGCUGAGGAAGAAUGGAGCUGUGCAGGCCGGCUCAGCUGUCCUGUUGCAGGGCGGGGAAGAGAUGCAGCGAUACUGCACCGAUACCUCCAUCGUCUUCCGCCAGGAGUCCUUCUUUCACUGGGCCUUCGGUGUCAUCGAGUCAGGCUGCUAUGGUGUCAUCGAUGUGGACACUGGGAAAUCAACCCUGUUCGUGCCCAGACUUCCUGAUAGCUACGCCACCUGGAUGGGAAAGAUCCAUUCCAAGGAGCAUUUCAAGGAGAAGUACGCUGUGGAUGAUGUCCAGUACACGGAUGAGAUUGCCAGUGUCCUGACCGCACGGAGUCCCUCUGUCCUCCUCACUUUGCGUGGUGUCAACACAGACAGCGGCAGUGUCUGCAGAGAGGCCUCCUUCGAGGGCAUUAGCAAGUUCAACGUCAACAACACGAUUCUUCACCCAGAGAUCGUGGAAUGCCGAGUGUUCAAGACAGACAUGGAGCUAGAGGUUUUGCGAUACACAAACAGGAUCUCCAGUGAGGCCCACCGUGAGGUAAUGAAGGCUGUGAAAGUGGGGAUGAAGGAGUACGAGAUGGAAAGCCUGUUCCAGCACUAUUGUUACUCUAAGGGUGGAAUGCGCCACACCUCUUACACCUGUAUCUGCUGCAGUGGGGAGAACGCGGCCGUGCUGCACUAUGGCCACGCCGGGGCCCCCAAUGACCGGACGAUCAAGGAUGGAGAUAUUUGCCUGUUCGACAUGGGUGGAGAGUACUACUGCUUCGCUUCUGAUAUCACCUGCUCCUUCCCUGCCAAUGGCAAGUUCACAGAGGACCAGAAGGCCAUCUACGAAGCAGUGCUCAGGAGCUGCAGAACUGUCAUGAGCACUAUGAAGCCAGGUGUCUGGUGGCCUGAUAUGCACCGGCUGGCUGACCGUAUCCACCUGGAGGAACUGACGCGCAUUGGCCUCCUGAGUGGCAGUGUGGAUGCCAUGCUCCAGGUCCACCUGGGAGCAGUAUUCAUGCCGCACGGACUUGGCCACUUUAUGGGCCUAGAUGUGCACGACGUGGGGGGCUACCCUGAGGGUGUAGAGCGCAUCGAUGAACCUGGCUUGCGAAGCCUGCGGACAGCAAGGCACCUGGAGCCAGGCAUGGUGCUGACCGUGGAGCCAGGCAUCUACUUCAUUGACCACCUCUUGGACCAGGCCCUGGCAGACCCGGCCCAAGCCUGCUUCUUUAACCAGGAAGUCCUGCAGCGCUUUCGCAACUUUGGUGGGGUGCGUAUUGAGGAAGACGUUGCCGUGACUGACAGUGGCAUGGAGCUGCUGACAUGUGUACCCCGGACGGUGGAGGAAAUCGAAGCAUGCAUGGCAGGUUGCGACAAGGCCUUCGUGCCCUUCUCUGGCCCAAAGUAGACAGCUGAGACACUCAUGUGCUGUCAGCCUGCCCAUGACACCCCAACAGCAAGAUCCUGGAGCUCACAUUUGAUUCUACCAAAAUCACUGCUGCUGUUUCUGAGAAGAGAAAGCAUUUAUUCACCUGCGAGAUCGCAUCCCUAACUCUGACUUUGCUUAAAUGACAGAGACUGAAGAAUGCUGAUUGAAGAAAGAUCCUGUUGUUAAGUCAUAACUCGAUUCUUGUGCUCAGGGAAGAUGCACUUGUAUCUUCAAAAAAAAAAAAAUCAACAUACAGAAUGGAAUUUGCAAUAAAAAAACUUUUCUAAAAAUG